AUGGCGGAAUCAGCGUCUGCUUCGGCGUCGGCCUCGGCUGCGUCAUUAGUAGGCGAUAAGGCGAAUCCUACGUUCAAGAUCGUGGGUAUUUGCCUGGCUAUAGGCAGUGGGGUGUUCAUUGGAUCGAGUUUUGUAAUCAAGAAGAAGGGUCUGUUGAACGCUACGACCAAGUCGGGGAAUGUAGCAGGGGAGGGGCAUGCGUAUUUGAAGAACUGGAUCUGGUGGACUGGAAUGAUAAUGAUGAUCGUUGGGGAAGUUCUCAAUUUUGUGGCCUACGCUUUCACCGAAGCUAUCCUCGUAACGCCUAUGGGCGCCUUAUCCGUCGUCAUAUCCGCCAUCCUCUCGCACUUCUUCCUGAAAGAGAGCUUGACCCUUUUCGGCUGGAUAGGCUGCAUCCUCUGUAUAAUCGGAGCCACCAUCCUCGCCCUCAACGCCCCCGAACAACAAAGCGUAACCACCAUCGAAGGGUUCAAGCACCUCUUCCUCCAUCCGGGCUUCCUCGUAUGGGGCUCGCUGUGCAUCAUCGUCAGUCUCGUGCUCGCCUUUUGGGGCGCCAAGAAGUGGGGCAAAACGCACAUGAUGGUGUAUGUGACGAUCUGCUCGUUGAUUGGGGGCGUCAGCGUGAGCUGUACGCAGGGACUAGGGGCGAGUAUCGUUACGAGUAUCGGAGGGAAUAAUCAGGUCAAAAACUGGUUCUUCUGGUUCUUGUUUGUGUUCGUGGUUGUCACUCUGCUGGUCGAGAUCAACUACCUCAACAAGGCCCUCGAGCUAUUCAACACGUCGAUGGUCGUCCCAGUCUACUUCUGCACCUUCACCACCGCAGUCAUGAUCACCUCCUUCAUUCUUUAUCAAGGCCUCAAAGCCUCGGCCGUCUCCCUCAUCACCAUGGUCCUCGGCUUCAUCACCAUCUGCCUCGGUAUCACCCUCCUCCAGAUGUCCAAAGUCGACCCGACCAAGUUCAAGGGUCUCGGCCGGCGCACCACCAUUCUCAUGCAAGCCGCGCGCGAGCCCGUUGAGGCGCAAAGCGAGAAGGAGGAAGUCACACAUUUCGAGGACCCGGGUAUGGACGCCCUUCGUGGAGGCUUCGGCGCCGUGGGAAGUAUCAUCCGGGCUCGGAGUGUGUCGAGGCGGAUGAGUCUGAGUCAGGCGGGAUUGAGCGGUGGGAAGAGGUGGUAUGAGAUCAGUCCGAGCGAUAGUAAUCUCAGUACGCACGGGAUGGAGAACCUGCGGAGAUACCAGCUUUCUGAUACGCCGUUGCCGCAUGAUGCGAUGGACAAGAUAGCGCAGCAUCGAUCACCGCUGUCUUCACCCAGCUUGGCUAGUCAGGGCCAUAGUCAUGAGUUCCCUCCUCCGCGGUCCAAGUCACAUCUCAAGUUUGAGGAAGAAGACGUGGUGCACCAGUACGACCCAAAUCGACCCCACUUUGCCAUCUCCACCCAUCAGCCCCACCCUCCGCCUCAUCGGCGGACUCAUACCGAUCCCCCAAUCCUGGAAUCGAUGGACGAGGAGGCCGACUCGCCCAAUGAUCUCAACCGUCCUCGGGCACUGACGAGCCCUGCUCAGCCUCAGGCGCAAUACCUCGCCGCUGCGGAAACAUCCCCAUGGGACUACCCUGAUCCGUAUCAGACCCUCACACCGGCAUCGUCUCAACAUCAGCACCGGCCCCUACCAGACACAGACGCAGACGAGCCGCGGCGCCCGCGCGGUCUGGCGUCACUGUUUCAUCUGGGCGGUGGCAGUAACGGGCCAUCACCAAAGGGAUCCCGCUCGGACCUGCACGAGUACCCCAAAGCAAAGAAGCACGACGAUGAGGGGGAGGAAAGAGAUAGGCUAUUUGAUGGACGGCCAAGCGAAGAUUUGUAUCGGAGUCCACCGGGACGAGGGGGAGAUGGGGAGAGUUCGCCAGAGAACAGUCCGGUCAGAUAUACGCAGAGGCUGUAG